AUGAAAUCACUCAAAUCUUCUGUACAUGUACUGCUACCACCAAAUGGCGAUGAUUCAGACGCCUCGACUAUUUCUCCCGUUAAACCACUCGAGUCUGAGCCUCCGCCGACCAUUAUUGGCCUGUUCGCACCCUCAUCACGCCCAGCAGAUAGUUCGGUAUCACUGGCCGCAUUUGAAGUAGACGGAAAUGACAGAGGCUCGAGGGAAAUGAUCGGAACGGACGACACACACACACACAUCAAAGCAAGAGCAGCAGAUGUGACAGUGGAACAAGACCGCGCCUCCACAUUGGGACGGUCUGAAAUUGGACUUAAUCUUCUGAGUGAAAGCAGUAGGCGAAGGAAGAAUUCGUACUUGAGUGUGGGAAGUGAGGAUGUUGAUUUGACAGUAGGCUUAUUCGGGCCGCAAACAAGUAAACCGAUACCACCGCGCAAGAUAUUAGAAGGUUUGCCGUUGGAAACUGAGGAAACCUCUGGAUAUGUCGCUAAGUUGAAGUUAGAUACCCAGACAGAGUUCGAGGAACCCUUUGUAGAGCUGACUGAAGCCGAUAUAUUUGGGCUGUUACAGCCAACGACUGUACCGAAUCAUAGGCCUCUGCCAGAAACAGAGGCAGUCAAUCGGAAUGGUAAAUCCAAUGGGAGUGUGGGUGAUACUGUCUCGCCCGAACCAAAGCCUGCAGUUGCGACAACUGACUACGCUCCACCAGACAUCAUGCAAAUGAUUGAAUCUGACCUAUUUGGCACAGAGGAAUCUGCACAGCCUAACAAGCAAUCACCACAAUCUGAGUUUAGAAAUAGAACGAAGACGGAUAUAGCACACGUGGAUGUGAGCAUGACCACCAGCCCACGUGCGUCACCAGUUAAGGCCAGUGGCAGCUCUCAGAGAGCCACCCAUGCUGUAACCGACUCAGCUCAUGCACCAAUGCCAACCACCAGCUCCAAAUUCUAUAGUCCCAGUUCGGAAGGCAGUGGCGAAGACGACUCGGACGACGAAUCUGCUCCAGCUCAGCACACCGUACCGCCAAUUGAAGAAUUGACCAUGGCAAACCUGGGGUCCCCAUACCAUGCAACCCCAUACCAUGUGCCCAUGCAGUCUAUCAAUAGAGCGUGCGAAUCCAGUCACACGAAUGGGAUGGAGGGUAUUGCAGCAACCGCUGUACCCGCAAAGGACACGUUGCCCAGUGUGGCAGUCACAUCAAAGCCUCCGAAACUAGUGAGGAUCCCAAAGAAACCAGCGCCACCCCGGCUAAGUGCGUUGGACAUGCUGCUCAGCAGUGCCCCUAAAGUCAAGAGUGCCCUUGCGAGCGCAAUGGUGAAGGGGUUGUUGGAUACAUUGGCCGAUAGUGAUAACCAUAGCGAUGGCGCUGAUGAUGCGAAUACCAAACAGACAUCACACAGUACUUUUGCAGGCAUCCACCAUGAAGACACUUUUAGUAACAGCCACAAAGUGAAGACCGAGGCACUUCCUGUUGUAGGACAAGUCUUCAGCGAUUUGAUCCCGGAUGUGGGCGGCGACGCCUUUCCAAAAGAGUCCAAUCAGAACGCCAGAAAUGGUAAAUCUCAAUUGACUGAACGCGAGAUAGUGGAAGAGGCUUCGAUUGGUAUCAAGUCGGAACCUGUGCAACAACCGGUUCACAAAAGCCCCAGUGCUCACGAGAACAGAAGCUUAGACACGGAUGGCAAACAGGUUGUGGAAGGUUUGACACCCUCAUCUAUCCACAAUGAAUCUACCACUCAACCGAAAGGUGAACUCACACAUCACUCACUAAAUACUUCCACACCUAUGUUCACGACAUACAAUGCAACCACAAGUACAAACACAAAAGCGGCUAAACCCAUAAGUACAAGCACAAGCACACAAGUAGACAGUACCACACCUGGACCCGCGGACAUGGCUACAGCUAUCGAUGAGACAUCGCCUGACACAUCUCCCGCACUUUCAACGACACACCCAACGGAAGGGGCGGUGCGUAAUGAUGGCGCACCGAAGAUCGGGUUGUUUGUUGACACUGUGCCAAUGGUGAGGGCUAUCGACCAAUCAAGACAGCCAAAUAGGUGCUCAGGGUCAUUUGGAAGCGAAGGAAGUGAACCAACCGGACUUGUGUAUCCCCCUGGAAGUGGACUUUGCGCUGAGAGCUUACGCGCUAUUGGGGUUGAAACCCCUUGCCAAUUGGUUAUAAAUAGAAUAGUUCGAUUUCAGGAACUCAGAGUAGAAGAUCGAGUUUGCUCUUUUGUUUUAUCUAGAAUGAGCAAGGCCUCGCGUGAGAGCAAACGAGAUGCUGUGAGGUUGUACAAUGAAGCAAUCGAACAUAUGGUCGACAACACUAAACGAAUGGGCGGUGGAUCGUGUGUAUCGCAUCUGCCCUUGAAGAUCUCGGCCAAAGAUGUGGAUCAGCUGCAUCCGCGUUGCGCCACCAGCCGGCCACAGCGCACCGACCGCCGAGAAGACGCCGAUGUGCUGAGUCAGCUGUACACGAAGCGCGCCAUCUGUUUGGACGCGCUGAAAUAUCAUAUCAAAGCCGAGGCCGACUGUGUGGAAGCUUUAAUAUGUGACUCGGAAAACCUGGAGUGUAUGCUGGCAUACGCUAGAAUGCAGAUGAACCGGGGCGUGAUCUCGCAGGUGGAUCUUUCUCUAUCAAGAGUGCAGGAUGUGCUUGACAAGCAGACUGCACCGUCGCAUGAGCACUCGUUCUCGGAUGAACUACACACAUUGACAGCUAUUGUUGACAAGCUCAAGGCGAUGUAUCUCAUUAUUAAAGCUCAGUACGAGCCUAAUCUUGAAGGCCAUGACCCAGACUCCGCUGAAAGCAGCACACAAUACAGUGCAACAUUAGUACGGGCCAUCAAGAUGCUGCAGAGCAGAUGUCCCCGAUCGGUCAAUUGUCAGCUAUGGUAUGCCCGCUACUUGCGCCUCGGUCUGGGAGACUUAGAGGCCGCGACUACACUGCUCACAGAAGUUUACGAGAGUGAUCCCAUGACUGGGAAGAUACCUUUGGUCUCUGAGCUGUCGCUGUGUGCGUAUGAGAACGCUGACUUCGAGACUGUCAUUGUCAUUGUGGAUGAUACAGUGUUACAGGGCACGUCGGACAGUUCUAAGAUAGAUAAAGCUACCAAAAUGACCAUCGGACAACUGCGGGUGGGAAUGCAACAGCGGCUGCAGAAAUCGAUAGUCCUGUGUCAUCGGCGACGCGAAGGAAAACUGGCAUUCAAUAGGGGCGACUACGUGGACGCUGCUGAGAACUACACGAAAGCCAGUGAACUGACAGAGCCGUAUCACCCGACAAAUAUGGCCAUCUGCCUCAACAACAAAGCCAUGUGUCUGAUGCAACGGGCGAAGAUCUUCAAGAAGAGGAGACAGCCCAAGAUAGCCCUUACACGACUCAAGGAAGCCAUGGCCUGCUGUGAUAAGGCACUCGUUUUAAAGUACAACUUCGCCAAAAGCAUAAUCAGAAAGGCAGGAGUUUAUACCCUGCUUGGCGACUUUGCAGAUAAUUUGACGACACGCAUCCGCCAGUACAAGAACGCCAAGGAAGUUUACGAAGAUGUGCUACCGAUGCAGCCGAACAAUCAGGAAAUACGGGAGAGGUUUUUGCUUCUGGAGGAGAAGUUGAAAAAAGCCAACUCUGAGAAGCGCAUUCAAGACGAGCGGAGCAAGCGCGAGCAAGAAAUAGAGGAAGAAAGGAUCAGGGAUGAGCUACACAGGGCCGAGGCCGCUCGAGGUCAACGCAAAUCAAGCAGGAAGAAGCUUGAUGGGGCACACAUUACACAGUCUUUGUACGAGGUGCUCAACGUACCACCUACUGCAACUACUGAGGACAUCAAGAAAGCAUACAAAACUCUCGCCAGGACGCAUCACCCCGAUAAGAAUGAGGAUGGCAACCCCGAACGAUUCCAGGAGAUAGUAGGGGCACACGCUACACUAGCUGAUCCAUCGAAGAGGAAGGAAUAUGAUCAUUCACUGAUAGGCACUGGUCUGAACAAGCGCAGCGGUAUAAGUCGACAAUUUGGUAGUAAACGUUAAGACUAUACUUGCACAUCAAAUAAUAAAGUGGAUGA